AUGGGUAUGUUCGGCGGUAAGGGGUGUGGACUGUUGGUGGUGUCUUUGGUCGUUUCCAUCUUUGCCUUCGCAACCUUGUCUGUGAUUCUAUUCACUCUAAACCUCGAUGGCAAGAACACAUUCAAACCGUACAUAUCCGACCGCUUCGUGCUACCGUUCCCGAGCUUAUUCGAGGAGUUCGAGCUCGACAGCAAUGUGUCACAGAAGUCAUCCGUGCAAGGGUCCCGGGGCAGCCCGGAGACAUGCUGGCGCCGAGUAGCUCCCGAGUACGAGACUUACGUCUCGGGCCGCGGCAAGGUUUUCGACUAUGUGGCGCCUAAGCGUUUCACGGUCGGCGGCGACAUGCCUGCUGGUUGGCUGUCGUAUACGCCCAUAGACUCGUCGGUUAUCGUGGUUGUUGACGGCGCGCGCGUCGACUACGCGCUGUAUGACCCCACUCUGAAGCCUGGGGAGCCUCGCGCGGUGUUCACCAACCACAUGCCGCUGUACCACGACUACCUGCACUCGCCAACCACCCGCAACUACAGCCGUUUCUUCCGCUUCGAGGCCCCAACGCCAACAUUCACAACUUUCUCCUUCAAAUGUUUGUUCACGGGCGAAUCUCGCCGCGGCAACAUGUGGCAGGUGGUAGGGGCCGCAACUGCGGUGCAGCUGGAGAUUGACAACUUCGGCAACCAGUUGGCGCACAACGGCGACAAGUUGUGUCUACUGGGCGAUGUGAUUUCUUAUGAUCUGCUGGGCCCCGAGCGCGUGUUCAUGAAGCACACAGGCAAGGGCAUAGACAUUUACGACAUGGUGUUCCCCGACUCCCUGGUAAGCUCGCACUAUGCGGAGUUCCUGGACCAGUGCGACGUCAACGUCCUGCAUUUGCUCGCCAUCGACCACCUGGGUCACAGCGGUAAGCGUGUCAGCGCGGAUAUGACCUACUACCUGGACGACUACGACGCGUUCAUCCGUCAAAUCAUCACGCGCGCCUUUGAGAAGUCGAAUGUAAUGGUGUAUGUGUUGGGCGACCACGGGCAGAAGACGAACGGCUCCCACGGUGGCGCCACCAAGGAGGAGGUGGACUCGUUUUUGUUCGUUACGUCCGACCUCGAGCUGCGCCGGGUAACGAGUGACAUGUGCGAUCUCAACGACGCGCCCACCGGGUACGCCAGGGAACACAACGUGCUGAACGGCCGCGUGUCCCUGAGCUACCCCGUGAACAAGUCGGCGCACAUUAACGUGGCCAGCUCCCUGUGCCUGUUAAUGAACAGGCCCGUGCCCUUCCACUCGGAGGGCAGCAUCAUUAAGGAGAUAGUGCCGCUCAUAAAGGACGCGCGCGGCAACGUGAACAAGCUCCUUUCGGUGAAGUACCUGACGCAGCUGCUUCACGUGGUUGCGCAUAACGCGUUGCGCGCCGUCGACACGACGAUACCGGAUUCCGAGAAGCAGAAACACAAAUGCAAGUACGCUGCGGUCGUCCGCGAACGUAAGGUUCUGUCGCACUACUACAGCUUCGUGCGCAGCAUGGGCCGCGACCAGGUGGAGCCCGCGGCGAUGGUGGAUAUAUGCAACUCCUACAUCAGGCAGUGCGAGCGCCUGAUAGCAGCCACCAAGCAGAUGAUCGUUGCAACCAACGUCUUUCUGACCCCGGAGUAUAUGGUCCUUUCGACCCUGUUUAUGGCCAUAGCGUGUCUAUUGUCGGCGUAUUUGUUGCUGGUCGCGUGCCGCAUCUGCCACGUGCGGAAGUUGUCCGAAGACGAGCUGGUUUUUUUCGAGGCCCGGAAGUUCCCUACGAUUGGUCGGAUUAUGAUGCGGGGGCUCAUAAAGUUGGUUCUGGCCGGUGCUGCCGCUUGGGCCAUUUCGGCUCAAAUUGACCAGGUUAGUGCGCAGGUGCCUACGGGCAUCGCGGUGCCUAGACACUUGGCUACUAGCGUGCUCAAGCGUUUCAUCAUGCCCUUUGAGAGGUGGUGCGACAUAGAGGCACCAAGCCCAUGGUUUUAUUUGGCGUGCUACUUAUGUUUGUUGUUUGUAUUGUGCUUCUUGUUAGACGUGCCAUUUUUCGUUCGGAACUUCGCGCUGCUGUACCGUGAGCGGAAACACUUCGCUCAACCGCUGCCCGAGGGCAGAUAUGACGGUGGGCUGAGGCAGUUGCUCUCCCAUAUGUCAGGUGUGAACCCCGUUGCUGUGGCCGUGAUUCUCUACGUUCUUCUCGCUGUAAAGACGAUCGUGUCCCAAUGCGCCAUUAUCUCGCAUGACACUGCGUUGCGUCACGCCGUCGUUCUGAGUCUCUACAUGGCCAUGUUUCCGGCGGUGAAGCGCACGGGGUCGCUGCGUCUGUACGGUGCGUAUCGGAACUUCGGCGUGUUGUGUUUCGUGUUGAAGUUUUCGUAUCUGAUUCACCGCUUCGAGGAGUGCCGCAGCAUCGGCAACAUGGAGCCCCAGUGGUACAUCAAGGUGAACGAUGUGUUCCGCACGUUUGAAUGCGGAGCAGCGGUGCUGACUGUGUAUUACUUCACCCUGCUGCGUUUGACGCGGCACCCCGUGAACGGCGGCGACGCUGCCGAGAUGAGUCUUCCACUAAAGGCAAUACGCCGCAGUCCAAUGAACAGACCGUUGCUGCGCGGGGUGUGGACCAUCCAAUACGUGCUGUUGAUGCUCCACUAUGCGAUGAAGUGCGAACGGCAUUAUUUCUCUCGCCGCGUGGUUUCCUGGCUGAGCAUGCAUCUGAUAAAGGUACGCAAUCCCGUCGUGGCAAAAACUCUCCUCGCCCUGUACAGCGCACGCGCCAUGGCGGUACUCACCAUGCUGGUCUGGCUCACACUGGCGUUGGACUUCCGGGGCACCAUUUACAAUCUAGAGGGCGUGCCGCAUAGCCGCUCAAACCGCCUCUUUUGGUUCCUGACGAACAUGUUGUGGAUGGUAUUGCUUCUGAACGGCCCCAAGAAAGCGGUCGGCGCGUUCGCUUUCGCGCUGGUCCUCUACAAUACGUCAUCGCUUUUCGCGAAGCUGAGCGUGCGCAGUCGCUUGAUGUGCACGGUAGUGUUUCUGCUGUUUUGCGACCUGAUGUACUUCGUUGCCGGGCAUCAGGAUUCGUUGUUCCAGCUGGACUUCGACUCCGCCUUCUUGUUCUUCGACACAUACGUCGGCCUGCCGUGCGACAUCGCAGUGGCAUUAGCUUUCGCCAUAUUCAACAUUACCGCCAUCUGCGCCCUGCAGUACCUGUUUGUCUCGGAGAGCGAGCGGGACUACCUGGCUAAGCUCUCCGAGACCGCAACUUCCGGCUCAGCUAAAACAGGCGCCGACAAGCCGUCUCCGAAGGCCUCUGCAACAGCCAAGUCCACCGAAUCGAAGGAGUUUAGCCAUUCGGAUUUGGCUUCGUGGAUAGCAUGCGACUCGUUCGAGUCCGUGGCCGGGUACACCUUUUUGGCGUUGGCGCGGCUGACGUUAACGCUGGGGAUACUGUUCGCCCUGUCGGGAAACCAAUGCGUAGGUGCGCUGUGA